UACACACACACACAUAUAUAGUUGCACUCUAUAUCAUCGCCAUAAAUCUCACGUAUCCAUCUUUCUCCAUUUAUACAAACGAACAUCAUCAUGACUAAAGAACACAAUAACACGACUCCAACACCAAAAGCUUCAUUAUUGUUACUCGAGGAUGAUCUAUGCAAGAGAGAAUCAAUGAUCUCAAGAAACUCAUCGGUGGGAGGCUCUUCUAGAUUGUUCUAUUACUAUCAUCAUCGGAGCCUCGACAAAGGGGUUCCUUUUAAGUGGGAGAUGCAGCCGGGAACGCCGAUCAAUCCUCCACCGGAAGACACCGUUCCUCCGAUUACUCCUCCUCCGGCGUUUCUCAGCCUUGGUUUCCCAAAACCCUCAAUCUCAACCGUCGGAGACUCUAGUAAACAUUCUCUUUUUCCGGCGAACCUUAAGAUUUGGAAGUGGAAGAAUCUUCGUAAGAGAUGUUUUGCUAGAUGGUCAAGCCAAAACAUGCUUAGUAAAGAUUAUGAUAAUGGUCGUGGUGGUAGCUCAAAUUCUUGUGAUGAAUUGGAGAGAUUCGACACGUUUGAUGAGGAUUACAGGUCAAGCUCAUCAUCUUCUUCAUCGUCGUCCUCGUCUUCCUCGAAAGAUCGGAGAUUGAUAAAGGCUUACCCACGUCAAUGGUUUAGCGGUUGUCCACCUCGGAACCCAAGAAACAAUCAUACUGGUUAUCGUUAAAAGUUCUUCUCUUUAAUCAUUGUUUUGUACCAGAUUAAUACUUAAAACAACGACACCGUCGACACGAUGAAUUUACAAAAUAGUAUCAGACUUCGAAAA